AUGGCAGUCGACUGCAUCCACAUGGCCUCCGGCCACCAUCCCCACCACCCCUUCAACCAAGUCGGUCAAGAUCGACACCAAAACGUGGGGAGACGCAUGGACAGCAACAAUCCAUAUGCCCGCUACAUUUCACCCUCACCCUCUGCCUACUCUCGGUCGCGUUCUGAGUCUGUGAACUCCGCGCCUUCUAUCUGGUAUUCCGGCACACCCGAACAUUAUCCGGUUGAGCCGAGACGCAAACGCGAGCACUCUGCUCCUCGUCGCAGCCGCACCAACAAGUACCCCCGGUACCAGCUUGUGCAACCCGAUAUCAUCGACAGACUGGACGAUGUCACCAAUUUCUCCUACCACCACGAGGGUCCGUACGACGCAGCCCGCCCUGAACGAAACUGCUUCAGUCAGUCCAGCCCGCUGGAAGCUGUCAAGGAUCACCGUCCACUGGAUGGCGUCGCCUUCUACCCUCCUGGAACCACGGAUCGCGACGGCCAGGAGUACUCCUACGAAGAAGGCUCCAAUAUGAUGAACGACUUUUCUGGUAACUUUAUGCGCCUUCCUGGCACGAAAUUCACCGAUGAGGACUUCAAGAACGAUCCAUUCUACAACCGUCCUUAUGUGAACCCGUUCUCUGAACUACGAAAGAAGAUCAGUCUUCGUCUCAAGAAACGACGCAACACUCAUUAA